AAACAAAUCCUUUUCAAAUUGGUAACUCAAUAUUAUUAUUGUUUUCAGGGAGUCCUUUAGAAAACCAAUCCAAUAAUGUAAGAGAACAGAUGGCACGCAUAGUUGGUGGCGAAGAUGCGCCUUGCGACUCCGCCAAACACAUGGUUGGUUUGCUGAUGGGUGAAGUUUUCAAGUGGUUUACUUGUGGAGGCUCCAUUAUAACGAGUAAACAUGUAUUAACUGCAGCCCAUUGUGUUGUAGCUAAUCUUCUUUUUGAUGAAUUUCUUCCAACUUUCCAUGGUGUUGUUGGUACACAUUAUUGGAACAAAACAGACAAUACUGUUAUAAAAUUCAAAGGGUAUGCCAUCCACCCAGAUUGGUCGUGGGACACCAUAAAGAACGACAUAGGCAUCUUGACGACUGACAAGCAAAUUGAGUUCAAUGCUCGCGUUGGCGCCAUUUCGUUAAAUUUGAAUUUGGUACAAGGAAGAAUAAAUAGUUUUGUUACGGGUUGGGGCAAACUUGAUUAUGACGGCAAAACUCCGCAUAGAUUGCAAAUCCUCCGAGUUAGUACAAUAUCAAACAAAGAGUGUGCGAUAAGGUUGUGGUGGACAGAUAAGUUGGAAAGUGGCCGAUCGCCUCCAUUUGAUGGAGCUUUAGAAAUCUGCACACUGCAUUCGUCUGGUCAUGGAAUGUGUCACGGUGAUUCGGGCAGUGCAUUAGUGGAUCAAAAGACUAAGCAACAGAUCGGUAUUGUGUCCUGGGGCUUCCCUUGCGCCCGGGGAGCGCCGGACUUCUUCGCCAGAGUUAGCGCUUUUGCCGACUUCAUCAGAAAAAGUGUUGGUGGUUUACUAUAAGUUUGUGUAUUCUUCAAUUGUUUUUAAUAAAAAAUACAAUGUUUACCUAUUA